AUGAAAUUGGAAACUACAGUUCUUCUCGGUUUGGUGGUUUGCUUUGCUGUAGUAAACGGUAGGUAAAACUCUAGUUAUUAUACUGUAUCGUAUGAAGGCUGCUUAAUUUACAUGCAGCUAUAAGAUAGGUUUCACAUAACACUAUCGUGCAACAGAUGCAUGGUGGUCAAUCUGCAGUUAUCAGAAUGAGAAAAUAAUGUUUAUUCUUUUCCUGAUAAAUGUCUAGCUUGUUUAUUUUAGCAAGAAAAUAAUGUUAAUACUUUUACUGUAUUAGCCUUAAAUUUCCAUUCUUACCAAAACUACAUGGUAACAUUUAGCUUCAAGCAUGAAGCUCGAAGCAUGCAUUUAUAUAGUACUAUACAGGCCCCAACUAUAACUCUACCGGCUAUAUCUUUUUACUUAUAGGAGUGCACCAUGCGUCACCGGAAUAUGAUGGGCAAUAUACACCAGAGCCCCCUACUCCUAAAGAAGAGGCUGGGCCCGUGGAAGAGGAGUCAGGCGGACACGAAGCGAAGCCUGGGGAAGAAACUGGCGGAGAGGCUGGCGAAGAGAAUGGGGGCAAAGGUGGCGAAGAGACUGGAGGCGAAGAGACUGGAGGCGAGAUGGCGAAGAAACCACCAAAGGAGCAUCCUGAAGGCAUGAUGGGCGGUGAUACUGACGCAGAAAACCAUAAAGGAUGUACGUAACACAUACAAAAAUGAGAUUAGAAUUAAAAUAAUUUUAUUUAUACUCGACAACCAUAUCAGUUCUAAACUGUUCUCCCUACAGGUCCAGUAAGCGUCCUCUCUAGUUUACCCAGUGUUGUUGCAGGAGGAAACCUAAACUAAACUUACUUUAUCUAUACUGAAUAGCUCUAUCAGUUCUAAACUGUUCUUCCUGGAGGUCCAGUAAAAAUCAUCUCUUGUUGAUCACGUGUUACUACAGGAGUAAACCUAAACUGAACUUAUUUUAUUUAUACUAGAUAGCUCUAUCGGAUCUAUAAACUGAUCUAUAUAGAGCUCUGGUCAGAACUCCCCAUAAUACUAAAACCCAAUGGCUAUAAAUUUCUGAACUUUUCUGCUUUCGUUCUAGACUGUCACUGGGAUAUUGGUGUGUGGAUGAAACCAGGAGUCUCUCGACGAUGCGGUUGUAUGCGAUGGUAAGUAAUAAGACAAAUCUACUGUCUAAACGGCUCUCCCUAGAAACGGCUCUCUCUGAAAUAUCACUGUAAGGGAAACCGAGGUAUCUGAAGAAAACCUACUGUGCACUGGUGCUUGAAAACGGCCUGAAUAGCCUGUGCGGUUUAUUGCAUUCGCAUGUGGGUUUUCAUUGUAAUAUACUUGUUGCCGAACCAAUCCCGAAAUAUCGUUCAACAUUGUCAUAUAUCGCAUUCAAUUUUAUUCUAUUUAGCAUGUGCAAAAAAGGAGGUGUCUGGGAUUGUAAUUACCACUUCGCCUACUGUCCAUACUUCUGUAAGUAUAUCUAUAUGUUAUUUUAUAUUUUAUACACAGCCAAUAUAUAGGAUACAAUGAAGCCUGACUCAGUUGAGUUCUUAUCUUAAGGCUAGACUUUCAAAAAAUAUCAAGCCUGACUUGGCAAACCAGGAAACAUUGUUUCCCAGUCAUGUUUCCCAAGAAUGGGCGGAAAACUAGGAAACAUUGUUUCCCAGCCAUGUUUCCAAAGAAUGGGCAACAUUGUUUCCCAGCCAUGUUUCCCAAGAAUGGGCGGCAAACUAGGAAACAUUGUUUCCUUGCCAUGUUUCUCCGAAGGUGGAAAAAGCAUGAAACCUGAUAUUGUUUCCUAGCCAUGUUUUUCAUAUAUUAGACAGAAUCAAAAAAUGUAUCUGAAAUGGUAAAAUAAAUUUUUGUUCACCAGUUUAAAACCAGGAUACACAUAAUUACAUUGUCUGACACAACUUUCUCAUUCAUUUUUUAAGAUUGUGGCAAUUUGAUCUACAAUCCUCAUACUCAACUCUGUUGCUGUG